ACAUGCGCAGUUGAUCAGCUGUUAGCAGCUGCGUUGUCAACCAAAAGACAGGCGUGAUUGUUUUUUUUUCUGUUUUUAUUUUUGAGUUUGAGUCUAUAUUCUUUACAAAUGGCUGGUACUGCGUUAAAAAGACUGAUGGCUGAGUAUAAGCAGCUGACUCUAAACCCACCCGAGGGGAUCGUUGCAGGCCCUGCAAAUGAAGAGAACUUCUUUGAGUGGGAGGCUUUAAUUAUGGGUCCAGAGGACACGUGUUUUGAGGGCGGAGUAUUUCCAGCCCUCCUCUCCUUCCCGUCAGACUACCCCCUCAGCCCUCCUAAAAUGAGUUUCACCUGUGACAUGUUUCACCCAAACAUUUACCCAGAUGGCCGUGUGUGUAUCUCUAUCCUGCAUGCUCCAGGAGACGACCCAAUGGGCUAUGAGAGCAGUGCUGAGAGAUGGAGUCCUGUCCAGAGUGUGGAGAAGAUCCUACUGUCUGUAGUCAGUAUGUUAGCAGAGCCCAAUGAUGAGAGUGGAGCGAACGUUGACGCUUCCAAGAUGUGGCGUGAGGACCGAGACCAGUUUUACAGCCUGGCCCAACAGAUCGUCCGCAAGUCCCUGGGUCUCUAAUAACAACGACAUCACAUCGUCUGUGUAUGUCCCAGAUGGCAUCCUGUUCCCUAUAGCGCGCACUACUUUAGAGUCAAAAGUUCUAUGAGGCCUGGUCAAAAGUAGUGCACUAUAAAGGGAACCUCUGUCUGGAUCUAACCUACCACUUCCAUUUCACCCAACAUGUCACCAGGACAGGAAGUUGUCAUAACCAGGAAGUUACAGGAGAGACUACAGUGACAAUUUAGACUAGCUGGUAAGCAUGGAGACGGGCAGAUGACUGAUGGCUCCAUCUCUGGCUGUUUCCAUGGGUAUGAUGAACCCACAAAAACCAUUUGACUCAAAUGACCCGUUUCGUUCCGUUGUUACCUCUCUCUCUCUCUCUCUCUCUCUCUCUCUCUCUCUCUCUCUCUCUCUCUCUCUCUCUCUCUCUCUCUCUUUCUCUUUCUCUCUCUGUGUC